AUGCGGGGUAGCAUUAUGCACCACGGUAUGAUGCUUUGGGGCUGGUCUUGGGGUAUCUUCUAUGGCAUCUUCUGCGCACUACAUCUCGCAGCCUUCUCCUUACCAAAAUGCGACGCCUGGGGCUUUUGGUCGCAGCCUUCUCAAGCAUUCGCCCACUGCAAUCUACCGACCAGCUGUGUCUGGCGCGGGGAAAAAAGCUGCAGGCGCUACGGCAGUUGGGGACGCUCCGAA